UCUGAGGAAAAAAGAUCAACGCUGUACGUGACCUUGCAACAACCGACGACUGAAUUUCAACAACAGCCACCACAACUACAGCCGCCACAACAACUACAGCCACAGCAACUACAGCCACAACAGCUACAGCCACCACAGCAACUACAGCCGCCACUAGCACAGCUUCAUUAUCUACAUCCACAACAAACACUGCUGGAGCAACAACAACAACAGCAAAAACAGACGCCAACUCAACAACAAAUGUUCCUUAGUAGAACGCCAUUCUCUGAUGAUGGUUACACCUCUGGUGUCUUUGGCAAGAAGUCAACAUCAACCACACCAAGCCAUGCGGACGGUGACGACAUGUUGAAAACGAAACUUCCGGCUAUUUGCUACGACUACGACACCAACAACAACAACAUCGUCAGCAACAAAAACAACAACAACAACAACGGUAAUUACUACGACUACUACAGCAGCGACGACCACAACAACCACAAAAGCUACAACAGUCACAAAAGCUACAACAACCACAACAUGGUUUACACUGUUUUUAACGCGGAACACCCAAGGCUAGCAAAAUUUGACAUUCCUUACCAGCCAGUGCCAAAACAAACACUAGAUCAUUAUCAGGACUCUUCUCAACAGCAACAACACCAAGAGGAUUGUCAUCCAACACGUUAUCAAAAAAAAGAGGAUUAUUAUCAUGACUUACCUACGUACCAACAACAUCAUCAGCAACAACAACAUCAACAACAACAACAUCCUCAACAUCAACAACAGACAACUGAAACAACACCAGAGAUCAUAGAGUUACUCAAACAAAUUCAACAACAACUGACGCAACAACAACAACAUCAACAACAAUACUCAGACGUACCGUCACAACAACAACUGCAACAAACAACAACAAAACUUCCUGACGAUGUGAUAGACCAUUCAGUAAAUGUUUCAACAACAUCAACAACAACGACAGCAACACUUAGCGACAAUAUUCAAUCGCCAAUGGCUUUUAACUUGCCAAGGUCUACAGUCUACGACUCGUCUACAGGCAGUCUACCGAUAGUGUUCAUCAACACGCCAGCCUCCUAUUCAACAACCACAGCAA